CAUUCUCAACAUAGAUUUGUCGCCCAUCGUCAGUGUUGCUGACCGUCAGGGUCAGAUGGCGCGAGCUGUUAACCGAAACGCAGCCGAGAUCGAUUAUGUGAAUCAGCCCCAUCCGUCCACUAAUGGGCGUCCCGAGUUAGAGACCGGGGGAAAUGACGCCGAGUCGGGGAUUAAGUCGCUCAGAGUGGUCGCUGUUAUCUUCGGAGUUCUUUGCAUCCUACAAGUUGCUCUCAACGUUUCCCUUCGUCUGGCUCUCAACGUACCUCAGCCCACGCCAGAUGAGGUGUUUUGCGGUAACGAGACUCAGGACAUGUGCAAGCUGAAGCAAGAGACCAGGCAGUAUCUCCAGAAAGGAUGGCUGUAUUUCCGCGACAGUUUUUAUUACAUGUCGUCCAUCAAGAAGACUUGGGACGAGAGCCGGAAGUACUGCCUGCGGGAGGACGCCGACCUGCUGAUCAUAAACAGCAGAGAGGAACAGAACUUUAUCACGCAGUUAAGCAGGGACAGGUUGACCUGGAUCGGACUGCACGAGUUAUCUGGGACAGAACGGUGGAUAUGGGUGGAUGGAGCUCCGCUGACGGAGAGCUACUGGGGCCCUGACGAGCCAAACAGGCUGGUAAAAGGAAAUCCAAUAUGUGUGGAGAUGAGGUUCUUCGAUACGGAAAACAGCUGGAAUGACAUAUCCUGCACCACUGAGAACUUUUGGAUGUGUGAAAAAGAAGCAGCUCUUUGAACAACACCAGAAAACAAACAAACAAACCAAAACUUGGAAAAUGAAUCAGGAUUUUAUAAAAGGCUGAUUUUCUGGUGGAUUUUCUGUUGGCAGUAUAAGCAUGGCGUAUUUUGAUUUUUAAAUGUAUUUUUAAAAUGAAAGCCAUCGCUCUGAUCAUUUCUGUUCAUUUCUAUCAAUCAAUCCAUCAGCCAUGUUUAUUUGUAUAGCACAUUUCAGGAAACAGGCAGUGUAAUUUAUAUUGCUAAACCAUCAAUAAAAGAAAUUCCACCGAAGAAAUCAGUUAUUUCCGUGUCAACUAAAGCUUUAGGUUUUAGUCUUGUAGAAUGACUUCUGCUUUCUUAAAAAGCAGAAUUAACAGUUCAGUCCAGCAGGUGGCGCACACAGGCAGUAGUAAAUGGACAGCAAGUUAACACCAGUCCAAAAACACUUUUUCAAAUAAAUUAGCUUCUCGUUGUUGGGAUUUCUUUAACUCUUGUGUAGCAAGACUUUUUUUUUCUAAGCUCGUUGCAGAUCCGUUUUUGUUGUUGUUGUUGAUUUAUUUGUUUGUUUGCCAUCGUUUGUUGGGAAUAUCAAACUGAUCUGCUGUAGAUUCAGUGGAUAAUUUAUACAUGCAAGUGAAAGGAUCUGUUUCUUUUUUUUUUCCCAACUUUUGGUCUCUUGGUGACAUAAUUCCAAGGCAGACGUUUUCCUGCAGCAAUGCAAAAAUGAUUCGGGCAGCAAAACUGGCAUUCUUCUUAGUUGUAUAUUUUUAAUAAUUUCUCUUAAAAACUUGAAGACAGGUUGUCUGUUUAUUCAGUGAUAUUUAAUACCAAACCUCACCCAGGAAGGUAAUCACAAAUUAAUAAUACUUAACAAUUAUUUUCUGAUAAUCAGGCGGGGCCCCCGACUUGUUGAUUUUGAGCCAAAUUACUAACUUUGUUCAUUUCCUUUGAACAAAGUUAGUAUUGCUAUUUAUGGCUAUUCAAAGCAAACCUGUUGUUGCACAAACCAAAAACAAAAAAGAUUUCUUCACUGUGAGAAGCUGUUGAUCCCCUUUUUUCACAGACCAAAUGUUGACUUUGAGAAUGCAUAAAAUUGAAAUGACCAUGCAGAAAACAACCCGCUGUAGGAAAGUGUCUGAGUCAACUUCAGUACUUAUUAUUUGUCUUUGAGGCUUUAACUACUGCAGUUUAUGAUAUUAAAAACAAAACAGAAAACGGCCAUUUUCAAACUCUCCCAGACCGUGACUGGUACCGACCUCACACGUCUUUGAAAGCAACUUGCAUUUUUAAAAAUCAUCAAGUGCACAAUGAAACGGUCACAGUGAGGCAGCAGAAGGGAGGAUUCUCAAAUCUGCAGCCAUCGCGUGACGAUGCCAAUGGCAACCAAACAUCUCUGGCGAAUGUCUUUUGACCACCUUGUUGAAUCUGCGGCUCAAAGAAUUCAGCAUUUUUACCCACGAUUUCACAUCCGUGAAUGUUUUCACCUCUACUUGCUUUUUU